UUCAUAUUUCAGUUUUAACUGCAUCCUGUUGGCUUCAGCUCAUCUUUUAUUCUUUAUUCAGAUUGGAGAUGUGCUGGUUGUCAGAGACCAGCUGGACGUCUCUGUUCUCAGCUCUGAAGUCCAACCCGACCCAUCUGACAGAACUGGACCUGAUCGGAACCAACCUGGAAGGUUCUGGACUGAAGGAGCUCUGUGGUUUUCUACAGACUGAAGGCUGCAGACUGGAAACAUUGAGAUUGAAGAGCUGCAGUUUGUCAGAGACCAGCUGGACGUCUCUGUUCUCAGCUCUGAAGUCCAACCCGACCCAUCUGACAGAACUGGACCUGAUCGGAACCAACCUGGAAGGUUCUGGACUGAAGGAGCUCUGUGGUUUUCUACAGACUGAAGGCUGCAGACUGGAAACAUUGGGGUUGGAGAACUCCAGGUUGUCAAAGAUCAGCUGUAAUUCUCUGGCCUCAGCUCUGAAGUCCAACAGCCUCCAUCUGACAAAACUGAACCUGAGAUUCAACAACCUGAAGGAUUCAGAUGUUCAGCAGCUGAAGCGUUUUGUAGAGACUUUAUGGUAAGUAAAUGUUUGUAGUGAGUCCAGCUGCUGUCAGCAUAUUGAGCUAAACCCAGUUAGCAUCAAUG